AUGGCUCACAACCAACUGACUGUUUUUUCUGAUGUUCACACAGGAUACCAUGUUGAGACAUUCUCCACAUCCAGAGAGCAACAGCAGGAAGAUCAGAGAGCUAAGAGUUCUCAUCACUGCCCACAUUGUGAAGAGAUUUUCCCAUUUCUAUCAAAGCUAAAAAUACACCUAAAAAUACACACAGAAGAGAAGCCUUACUCCUGCUCUGACUGUGGAAAAUGCUUCAAAACAUCAACGGUGCCAAAACGUCAUCAGAGAACACACACAGGAGAGAAGCCUUACUCCUGCCCUGACUGUGGAACUCGUUUCGCUCAGCUUUCCCACUUAAAAUCACAUGAACGUAUACAUACAGGAGAGAAGCCUUUCUUUUGCCCUGACUGUGGGGCGAGUUUCUCUCAGCUGAGCACCUUAAAAACACACCAACGUAUACACACAGGAGCGAAGCCUUAUUCCUGCUCUGACUGUGGAAAAAAUUUUAAAACGUCAAAUGAGCUAAAAGUUCAUAAGAGAACACACACAGGAGAGAAGCCUUUCUUCUGCCCUGACUGUGGAACUAGUUUCUCUCACCUUUCCCACUUAAAAUCACAUGAACGUAUACAUACAGGAGAGAAGCCUUAUUCCUGCUCUGACUGUGGUAUAUGUUUUAAAACAUUAGGUUAUAUAAAGGUUCACCAGAGAACACACACAGGAGAGAAGCCUUUCUUCUGCUCUGACUGUGGGGCGAGUUUCUCUCAGCUGGGCACCUUAAAAACACACCAACGUAUACACACAGGAGCGAAGCCUUAUUCCUGCUCUGACUGUGGAAAAUGUUUUAAAACAUCAAAUAAGCUAAAAGUUCACCAGAGAACACACACAGGAGAGAAGCCUUACAUCUGCUCUGACUGUGGGGCGGGUUUCUCUCAGCUGGGCAACUUAAAAACACACCAACGUAUACACACAGGAGCGAAGCCUUAUUCCUGCUCUGACUGUGGAAAAUGUUUUCUAACAUUAUGUGAGCUAAAGGUUCAUCAGAGAACACACACAGGAGAGAAGCCUUACGUCUGCUCUGACUGUGGAACAUGCUUCAAGACAUCAACUCAUCUAAAAGUUCAUCAGAGAACACACACAGGAGAGAAGCCUUAUUCCUGCUCUGACUGUGGAAAACGUUUUAAAACAUCAAAUGAGCUAAAAGUUCACCAGAGAACACACACAGGAGAUAAGCCUUACUUCUGCUCUGACUGUGGGAAGAGUUUCUCUCACCAGAGCAGCUUAAAAACACACCAACGUAUACAUUAACUUCAUGUGUGUACCUGGGACGGUUGCGUC